GCGCCCCGCUCGCCUGUACUGAGAGGUGUGACGUCACGUGAACUGCCCGUGUCCGUUCCAGCUGAGAGCCGGAGAGCUGGAGAACGGUAGGACGUGGACGUCGCGCGGACCAUACACACAGACCCGAGCCCGUGCGCCCGUGACUGCGUCCACCGGAUGCGAAAAAAAGUACAGACAAGAGAGAGGAAACGAGCCCUCCCCCUUUCUCCUGACGGACAGCAGAGCGCGGCGGCGGAGGAGAGCAGCAGCAACACAACUUGUCAUCUGACCGACCGAGCCAGUGCUCUCGUUGUUUUUCGGUUCACGGUUUUUCUCCACGGUUGUUUUUGUUUUUGACGAAAGGAAAACGACUCGGGACCGCGUUCUUUAGCCUCCUAAGGCCAACUCCGGAUACUUCUGUACAAGUUGAAGUUGUGACAUUUGCCCGUGCGUGCAGUUUUUACUCUGUUUUUCUACGUCUUUGAACAUUUUUAUUAUGGACAGUAUUCCUGCUCAUAUGGUCUGACUGCCACAACCAACACACACACUGGUGUGCCGAUAAGAAAAACACAGCUUCAUCUGCCGAACAGUUUUUAACAGCAUCCAAUCGCAAUGGAAUACUUCGAGAAAAAUAUUUCUGCAAGCAAAUAAGUCUCUGCAUAACUACAACUGACAGUCAUCCAGCAUACUUGUCCUAUUGGUGCCUCUGUGUGCGACCCCAUCUGGCCCAGCAUGUCCAGACAGCUCUCUCAGCUCCCGACCCCGGACCUUCCAGCGGGGGCCAGUCCACAAUUUGGAAGUUGCACUCAGCCUGCAGGCUCCCUCACAGGGGGGCACAUCAACUCCAUGGCCGGUCUGAAGUCUCUCCUGCAGCACCCCAUGAAAGGAGACCACCGCAUGAAAAACCCAUGUGACACGAAAGACAAAGACAGACUGGACCUCGAUGAGGACUCUAUGGGAGUGUGCCCCAUGAGGAACGGCAGUGGAGGUGGAGGAGGGGGAGUAGGAGGGGGAGGUGGAAAUGGAGGGACCUACAACCAGUUCCUGGGCCCUCUUCUGUGGGAUCGUACCGUGCCUGCAGAUGGGGGGCUCUUCCAGCUUCAGUACAUGGACUUGGAGGAGUUUCUGACUGAAAAUGGAAUGGGCAGCAUGCACAGCAACAACAGCUCCAGCUCGGCCCAGAUCCCCUCGCAAAGCCCCCAGUCGGCCGUACCCAACCAGAGCUCCCAGUGCCUAACGCCCUCAUCUCCACCCGGAUCCACAUCCUCGUCACCCUCGUCUUCCUCCUCGCCAUCUCUCAUCGGUCUGGAGGUGGCUCAGCCGCAGAGCCACGCGAGUGCAACCGACUGUCUGCACGGGAGUCAGACGAGUAUGAACGACUCGUGCGAGUCACCCUGUUCGUCCUCUUCGUCCUCCUGUCCGCCGCUGCUGACGCCCACAGGCAGCGGGCCAGAUGCCAUGGAAAUGUUUGACAUGGAGUCUUCAGACAUGGGCGCCUCAAGCCAGCCGAACUUUGACCCCAGAAGGCACUCCUUCAGUGAAGAGGACCUGAAGCCGCAGCCAAUGAUCAAGAAGGCUCGCAAGAUCCUGGUGCCCGAGGACUUAAAGGAUGAGAAGUACUGGACCAGGAGGCAUAAAAAUAACGAGGCAGCAAAACGUUCCCGAGAUGCUCGUCGGCUCAAGGAGAACCAGAUAUCUGUGCGAGCCGCCUACCUGGAGAGAGAAAACGCCGCCCUCCGUCAGGAGGUGGCCGAGAUGCGGAAGGAACUGGGCCGGUGUCGCAACAUCCUUAGUAAAUACGAGAACCACCUCACAGACCAGUGAUGACCACGUGGAGACAAAUCAGAAGAGGAGGAACAUAAGCUGGAUUAAAUUCUAAGACUCUUGAUUUUCUGAGGUGGAUUGAUGGACAGAAUGGGGUGAAGAUGAUGAUGAUGAGGAGGAGGGUGGUGAUUAUGAUGAUGAAUGUAUAAGACAAGGAGACGGUUUGUGUAUUGAAGCUCAGGUGUCUUGUUUUGUCAAGGUGUCAGCUCUUAAAAGUGAUUGAUGAAGAGAAUAAUUUAACAGCAGAAAGAUGUGACUUUUAAGAGUUUUGUUAUUGGAGAAUUGUAUAUUUUUAUAAUACUUCAGAGAAAUUUAGAGCGAGAGCAAAUCUGGAGAAUAAUUUUGUACAUUUUCUACAUGUUUGGGACACAGAGAUGGGGGGCAAGCAAUGGUGAAUAGAACUUUAUUUUAGAGGAGUCAGGAGACGUCAUGGAGGCUGUCAGCCGUCGGUGGGCAUUGUCCCAAUGCGGCAGCAGGGCUGAGGACGCAUGUAACAAAUGUAAUAUAGAGAGCAAAGUUAUCUUAAAAUUGUAUUGUUCAAUAUUUUUUGGGUUUUACUCGAGCACUUACUUUAUUCCUGUCAUGUAUCUGUCACUGGGCAUGCUUAAGAGGGACAGGAUGAGAGACAUGAGGAGACACCGUGUAUACAGUUCAGCACUGCCCAACGCUUUUCCUGACCAGGCCUUGUUCUUCUUUUUACAGAAAAACUUCCCCUUUUUUCCCCCCAUUGCCCUUAGUUUCCCCACAACAUUUUCCCCUAGGAGCUCGGGUCUAACCUCAGCAGACUGCUAACCCUCUCGGUCCAUUCUUGGAUCUCCUUUUCCCUCUCCCAGUGGAGUGCUCUCAGUCUACUCUGGUGUUUUGUGCUGGCGAAAGCCUUUUGUGGAGUCCCAAGAUCUGCUCCUCUGCCUCCUCUUUGAAUUGCUGCUGUGUUUUUAGACCCAUGUCUCUAUUUCUGUCUGCUCCCACUUGCUGCGAAUCACAUCACAGUUUAGUGCUCUUCCCAUAACAUUUUGUCCUCUCAUGUACCUCAAAAUUGAUUGAAAUCACAGUGUUGUAACAUUCUCUAAAAUAGUAAACAAUCCUCUCAGUAAGAUGCACAUUGUUACUUGACUAAAAUGAACACAGCUUAAUUGUCAUUGUGAUUGGGCAAGAUAUGUAGUGUAUACUGGACAGGGCUGUACUGUUUUAUGUAUUUGAUGUAUUUCAGGAGAUGGGUUGAGUACCCCCAUUGAGUGGAAUGGUGUUAAUUUCUCAGAUUUCUGGGAGAAAUAAAAGCCAAAAUUUCCUAUUCUUAUCCUCAAUGCUUGUUGCUAUUCAGUGCUUUUUUUCCCCCCACACUGCUCCUUCCUCCACGGUUUACCUACUUUUUGCAGUAUCUAUAAACUUCGCUGUGUACCCGCAACACCUACACAGGGGCAUGGUACACUAUGUUGUGUUCCUGGGGGAGGGAUAACUAGUAAUAGAGUGUGAUUUUAAUCCCUUUAAUGACCAUGAUGAAUAGUUACCAUUACAGCUAUUGUUAUAGUUAUGAUUAUGAUGAUUAUCCCUCUUAUUGUUGGUGUUCUAUAUUAUCGAAUGUUUUUCUUUCUUUGGAUGAACAUGAUCUGUUGCACCUUGAAACAUCUUCAGCGUUCCUCGCAAAGACUAUUCAAAUGACAAAAAGAAACACCCUCACCCACAGACGUUCAGCCUCUCUCUCUUCUGCUCUGGACACUACUGGCACUGUCUUUGUCCAUGGAUUUCACAAACGUGGCUCGGUCACUUGAACAUGAUCUUCAUGCAGACUUAUUUUACCUAUCACCAAGACCUCCCGUGCUCCCCAGCUGCGUGCGGACUAUGCACACUGCUGAUAUACUCCCAGUUGCUUUUCUUUCAGCCUUUAUCAUGCCAUUCAGUGAUUGUUUGCUCUCCAAACAGGACUUAGUCUCUGAUAACUUCACAGAUGUGGUUGAUAAACCUUGUGGUGACUCUUAAGUGAUCAACUGCCCUGCUGCAUCAGUAGUGUCCACGGUGCCCAGACCGCCAGUCAGUGCUGGUUAUUUGGAUGUAGUUGAAAUCUCCCAAAAAACACCAAUAAAAGAUUGUUCUCUUUCA